AUGAAUGCAAUACGCGUAACACUUCAUGAUGGCACUAUGUACAACGCGCAUUACCACAACAGUGAUAAGAACCUAGGAAUAGCCAUACUAUUUUUUGAGAGUGAGGAAGAACUCAAUAUAGCACCACUACCAAUAGCAGUGCCUAAGGUAGCAGAGAAGAUAUACGCCAUUGGUGUAGCCUAUGGAAAUCAGUUCUCUAUCACUAAGGGUGUAGUUUCUGCCAUACAUAGAACAAGAGAAGAUAGUAAAGCUCUCUAUUUUCAAACUGAUGCCGCAAUAAACAAAGGAGGAGGAGGCGGGCUUAUUAUUAAUGCAAAGGGUGAAAGUAUAGGUUUAAGUGUUGAGGGCAACUCAAUUUUAGAAUUGGAACACGAUACAGGAUUAAACUAUGCUAUUACACUGCAAGCGAUAACUAAGCAUAUAGAAAGAUUGAUAGGAAUGGAAAAGAAGAAGGAAAAAUGGCUCGGGGUAACUGUGUAUGCAUCGUAUGUACAUAAUUAUUAUGACCUUGGAAUAAGAAACUACCACUCAGUCUUAUUAAAUAAUAUCUACAGUUCGGAAUACAAAACAGUCUCUACUCUACGCCUAGGAGAUAUUAUUACUGCAGUAAACGGUGAACCAUUACGGACAUCACAUCUUCGCGUGUUCUCCAACUCCCUUAUCCCUUCAGUUAUCUACCAAGAAGGUGAACUCGUUCUAUCCAUCGUACGCAGGGGCAACACAUAUCAUAUACCAUACACUCCCAGCGCACGACCUGAUAAUAUUGUGCUGCAAAGCAUGAAUAAAACUGUUUGGCCGGGCUACGUUGCUUCUCCGCUCUUAGAGCAUCAAAAAGAGGCGUAUGGGCUCUCUAAAGAGAUUCUAAUACUACACAUUGAAAGUAUACUGCCACAAUCCCCCGCUGAUGAUGCAGGGCUAGAAGAAGGUGAUAUGAUUAUUGCCUUAAACCAAAAAGAGGCACUUAACUACCACGAUCACUUUACUAUCUUGCAUGAUGCUCUUGCCCAGCGGCGGGCAGUAGAAAUUGCUACGGUAAAGCAUGGCACGUUAGUGGAGUAUACUGUGCUUGUCCCUCCAAAGAUAGGACGAGAGCACACUAGUUUAUUUUAA